UAGCAGCCGCCCCGUCGCCCCUCUGCAUCGCUGCUUAAAUAACAGAUGAGGACAGGGCUCUGUCUCCUCAGCUUACACCUCCACCGCGGCCUUGGGACAGAGUCGACAAUGCCAUCCUCUGUCUUUCGGGGCCUUUUGCUCCUGGCAGGCCUCUGCUGCCUGGUCUUUGGCUGCCUGGCUGAGGACACACAGGUGACAAAUGCCCAUAGCCAUGACAAGAAGCACCUCUCCUGCCACAAGAUCGCCCCGAGUCUGGCUGAGUUUGCCUUCAGCACGUACCGGGUGCUGGCCCAGCAGUCCAACACCAGCAACAUCUUCUUUUCCCCUGUGAGCAUCGCCUCAGCCUUGGCCAUGCUUUCCCUGGGGGCCAAGGGGGACACUCACGAUCAGAUCCUGCAGGGCCUGCAGUUCAACCUCACAAAGACAGCCGAGGAUGACAUCCACAACGGCUUCAAGGACCUCCUCCACAUCCUCAACACGCCCAACAGCAAGCACCAGUUGACCACAGGCAACGGCCUCUUUGUGGACCACAACCUGAAGCUCACUGCUAAGUUUUCAGAAGAAACCAAGAACCAUUACCAUGCAGAAGCCUUCCCUGCCAACUUCAGCAACCCUGAAGAGGCUAUGAAAUUGAUCAAUACCUAUGUACAGGAGAGAACCAAAGGGAAAAUUGUAGAUUUGGUGAAAGGCCUGGAUGAAGACACAGUUCUUGCCCUGGUGAAUUACAUUUUCUUUAGAGGCCAAUGGGAGAAACCCUUUGAGGCUGAGUACACAUCGGAAGAGAACUUCCACGUGAAUGAGGAGACCACCGUGAAGGUGCCCAUGAUGAAACGCCUGGGCAUCUUUCGAGUGUUUCACUGCACCACGAUCCAAAGCUGGGUGCUGCUCAUGGACUACCAGGGCAACGUCACUGCCCUCUUCCUCCUGCCGGAUAAGGGGAAACUGCAGCACCUGGAGGAAACGCUCACCGAGGAGCUCAUUGACAAAUUCCUCUCCAAGACACAGAAAAUGUCCGUCACUAUACAUCUCCCCAAACUGUCCAUUUCUGGAAACUAUGACCUGAAAACAGUCCUGGGCAACUUGGGCAUCACCAAAGUCUUCAGCAAUGCUGCUAACCUCUCAGGAGUCACGGAGGAUGCUCCCCUGAAGCUCUCCAAGGCCGUGCACAAGGCGGUGCUGACCAUCGAUGAGAAGGGAACAGAGGCUGCAGGGGCCACAGUGUUGGAGGCAGUACCCAUGUCUUUGCCCCCUGACGUGCACUUCAACCACCCAUUCAUCGUCAUCAUCAUUGACCACUCCACUGACAGUCCCCUCUUUGUAGGAAGAGUGAUGGAUCCCACACAGAAGUAACCGAUCUCAGGCUUCAGUCUCCCAACCAGUCCAAGUCCCCUCCCUGGUGACAUUAAACAACACUAACGCCUG